UUGCUUCCGGAGAGUAUUCGGUGGUUUGCAGAACCAUCGCCCAACUUUGCUUUGAUCUGCAAUUUCCGUUUAGCAAGAUUUGCUUCCUGAGAGUAUUCUGUAGUUUGCAGAAGCAUCGCACAUUCAACGAUCACCUCUAGAUCCACUUUAUUUGGAGCUCUUUUGGCUUGCAGAUCUGAGAGAAAAAAAAAAACAGGAUCUGCCGCUGCUCUCUUCUGCGGUCAGAUGGCGGUCGCACUAACAGUGGGGGGAUGGUUCGCGCAGGCCUUCAUCCAGACCUUGAUCGAUAAGGCCAGCGAUAAAUCCAUCCAACUGUUUGCCGAACGCCGGGGUUUCGCUGAGGACAUGGAAAAUCUGCACCCAUCGCUGCUGGAGAUUCAAAUCAUCCUUGACGAGGUACAGAGUAGUGGGUGCAACGACACCAAAUGGAAGACAUUGAUACAGGAACUCAAGGAUGCUGCUUAUGAUGCUGAGGACUUGAUAGAUGAGUUCCAAUAUCAUGUCCUCAGGCAGAAGAUCAAAGGUGAAGAAGAGGACAAGUUAGCAACUGGCUCCAGUGGCCUUUCAAACAUGUUCUAUGCUGCUAAAAAAAAGUUAUUGGGUUCUUCUCAUUCCUUGGAGGAAGAUGAUACGAGAGCUAGAGUGAGGAAGAUGCAAGGAAGGCUGGAGAAAAUUGCUAAUCGUAUGAAGAGCAUCAUGAAUGUGUUACCACCAAAUGAUAGAAGGAAGCGACCUGAGGUGAAGUUUCAGGCUCGAGAAUCAUGCUCUUCCCCGGUGACGGACAUAUUGUUUGGCAGAGACAAAGAACUGAAUCAAGUGGUGGACUGGUUGUUGGGGUCAGCUAAUCAGGUGGAACCUGCAUCGGCAUUUGUCAACGAUGCUUUUUCGGUCUUGCCCAUUGUCGGGAUAGGAGGGGCCGGAAAGACUACUCUUGCUCAGUAUGCGCACAAACACAACAGAGUUCAGGUUCAUUUUCACCUCAAGAUUUGGGUCUGUGUGUCUGACAAUUUCACUGUGCAAGGACUCGCUAAAUCUAUAAUACAGUCAGUAACUCCACAAAAACAAUAUGAUAACAUGGGGUUAGAACCUCUUCAAAAACUACUCCAUGAGCAUAUUGCGAAUAAGAAAUUUCUGCUUGUUCUUGACGACAUGUGGAGCGAUAAUAAGAGUAUCUGGCAUAAAUUAUGUGCACUACUUAAAGUUGGAGCUCAUGGUAGCAAAAUCAUUGUUACGACUCGAGAUAUGAAAGUUUCAAAAAUGGUUAGCUUGGUGGAACCAAUUUUGCUCCAUGGUUUAGACGAAGAUGCCUUUUGGCAAUUGUUCAAGAAAUGCUCAUUUGGUACACUCGACCCUGAAGACUAUCCAGAGCUAAAAGACAUUGGUAGAAAUAUUGCUGGCAAGUUGAAGGGCUCACCAUUAGCCGCAAAGACACUCGGCAGUGUUCUGCAAUCAGAUUUGUGCCAGCAACACUGGGACACCAUAAUGAAGAGCGACAUAUGGAAAAUAAAACAAGAUGAAGAUGACAUUAUGCCAGCCCUGCAUUUAAGUUAUCAAUAUCUUAAUGAAAAUCUGAAACAGUGCUUUACUUUUUGCUCAUUGUUUCCUAAAGACUACCUAUUCGAUAAAGACAAAUUGGUUCAAAUGUGGAUGGCCGAAGGCUUCAUCGAAGAUAAUAACACAAAGAGGAUGGAAGAUGUUGGAAGCGACUAUUUUCUUGAGUUUAUUAACCGGUCUUUCUUUCAAGAAUUGCAAUUUGGUGAAUUCGUGAUGCAUGACCUUAUACAUGAUUUAGCUGAGAUGAUUUCUACGGAAGAGACAUGUAGGAUUGAAAAUAACAGACAAACAAAGAUGCUUUCCACGAUUCGGCAUCUACGAGUAGGAGGAAAAUUGCCAUUGGAUUUCUCUGGAUACGACAAGUUGCACACCUUGAUGUUGAGAAAAAAAUCAUCUCCCGAUAGCCUCUUUGAAAAACUAAGAAGCAUUCGUGUUUUGGAUGUAAGUUGGUGUUCCUUGCAGGAGUUAUCUGAACAUAUUGGUAAAUUGAUUCACCUCCGUUACCUUGAUAUAUCAUGGAAUUCUGAAAUUAAAAUUUUGCCUGACUUACUAUCCUACCUUUAUAAUUUGCAAACACUGAAGGUAAAAGGUUGUUCUAAACUAGAGUACAUACCACAAGAAUUGAGUAAGUUGGUCAAUUUGAGAUGCAUUGAUGCAAAUGACAUGUUUUUGGUGAUGAUGAAGGAUGUACGAAGAUUAACUAAUCUUCAAGAAUUGCCAACAUUUAGUGUUCAAGAGGAUGACGGACUCAAGCUUGAACAACUAAAGGAUAUGACCCAGCUUCAUGGAACACUUCAUAUUCAAAAUCUUGAGAAUGUGGUCGAUGGCACAGAAGCACAGCAUGCUGAGUUAAAGAACAAAGUCCAUCUAAAAGAAUUGGUGCUGCAAUGGAAUGAUGAGAAGGAUGCCAAGUUGGAAGAGGAAGUAAUUGAAGGUCUGCAGCCACACGAAUCACUCAAAAUAUUGACAAUUAGAGGGUACAAUGGAGGUAGGUCGCCUAGUUGGUUGAUGCCAAAAGUUCUAUCCAAUUUGGAAACACUUGACUUGGUAAAUUGCAAGGGAUGGGAUGACGUUCUGCCAUUUAUUGGUCAACGUUUGCAUCUGAUUGAACUUCGCAUGGUCAGCAUGCCUGCUUUGAAACAACUGAGUCAUGAAUUUGAAGGCAAGUGUUUUCCCAAAUUGGAAAUGCUUGAGUUGUACGAUUUGCCGGCAUUAGAGGAGUGGUCUUGGACUGAGGGUAAAGAUCUAUUUCCCUGCAUGCGUGAACUUUGUGCCAGAGAUUGUCCCAAACUAAACAGAUUACCUCCCUUCCCUCCUUCCCUAGAAAUAUUGGCAAUAACAAACUGUCCCAGUCUCAUAUUAAAUAACAAAACGGAAGAUGACGAGGAAGGUAGCUGCCAUCUACCGCCCUCAAUCAAGGUAUUAGAAUUGGACAACUGUGGCGAAUAUUCAAAACUUUUGCCUGAUUGCUUGCCCAACCUUCGUUUAGUUACUCGAUUGACCAUAAGGCAUUGCCCACGUAUAGCGUCUAUUCCUCUCGUUCAAUUGGUAGAACUGCAAUAUUUGUACAUCUCUAACUGUGAUGAGUUGAGACGGAUGGAGUGCCUAGGACUCCUUAAAUCCCUCGAGAAAUUGAAGAUCGUAAGAUGUCCUAUGCUAGUUCAGUUGGAUGUAGAAGAUGAGCAAGCAGGGGGCUUGUCAUCUCUGCGUAAAUUAUGUGUGGACAACACUGCUCUGCUUAAAAUGUUUCCUCUGAGAAACUCACUGUCAUUCAUCAAAGAACUUGAAAUUGAAUCAUGUUCUGAGGAGGUGAUAUUUGAGGAUGCCAUAUUGAUGCAAAGCCUCACUGCUGUUACAUCUCUAAGCUUCCGUUAUUGUAAGAAACUACAAUCCCUGCCAACAGAGCUGCUGCAUAACUUUCCCCUCUUAGAAAAAUUGGAGAUGUGUGACUGUCCACAGCUCCAAUCACUGCCAGAGAUAAGACUUUCUCCCUUUCUCAAAGCACUAGAAAUAUGUAACUGUCCACAGAUUCAAGCGAUGCCAGAGGAUGGGCUUCCCAUGUCACUAGAUGUUUUCAUUUGCAUUGGCAAAGUACAUCCAACGCUGGAGGAGCAGUCGGAAAGGUUCUACAUGGAAAGAGUGAUGAGGAGAGUAAGUAGCCUUGACGCCCGUUUAUUUCCAUGUACAGAGAGCUUUUAUUAUUGCACUCCUUCUUUCGUAUUGUUAGUUAAUCCUCAAAUCUCUUUUCACGUCAUUAUAUAUAUACGAUUCAUCAUCAACUUUUUUUUGCCACACAAUUUUUUUUCUUUUGUCCAAGCUCCGAAAUGUCUUUGCUAUUUUUUAGAUAUUUGAUAAUUAGCAUUUUUACAUUGUUGCUCAUUCUUUAUUUGUCUCUUGUAUUGCAUGUAAUUUACACGGUUAGCUUAUGAAGGCAAGAUUGGAAUUGAAAUGAGAACUGGGACGGUUCAAUACUUCAAUUAAUUAUUAUCACAACAAGGAUAUGAUUUUUCAAGGGCAUACUAUGCAUAAGACAAGCAGUAAAAGCAUCUGUUAGAGUUUGAUGAUAAUAAUAUUCAAGUGCUAGCUUCGUGAUAUAUGACUCUUCAGAAUCGCUUCCUACUAUGGGAGCAAAAUUUGCUAUUGUGUUCAUCCGUGUGUAUUUCUUUA